AUGGGACCCGGCAGCGCCGGGAUAAGAGCGGGAACAGCCGGGAGUGGAUCUGGGACCACCGGGCGUAGACCGGGAAGCACCGGGACGCGUUCCGGGAUCGCCGGGAUCCUCCUGCUCCUUCUGGGAGCGGUGACGGCGACACCAAGCACAGCGCCCCCGCCGUGCGCCGCGGACCAGCUGCGCUGCGGGGACGGCUCCUGCCUGUCGCGAUCCUUCGCCUGCGACGGGGAGCGCGACUGUCCCGACGGGGGGGACGAGCUGGGCUGCGCCCCCCCGCCCCCGCCGCCGCCCUGCGCCCCUUCCUUCUUCCCCUGUCGCGACGGGAGCUGCGUCCCGUGGGUCUGGCGCUGCGAUGGCGAUCCCGACUGUCGUGAUGGGGACGACGAGAAUUUCGAGAUAUGCGGGACCCCCCGGCCACCCCGCGCCUGCCCCUCCCUGCAGUUCCCCUGCGGGUCCGGCGAGUGCAUCCACAGGCGGUGGCGCUGCGACGGGACCCCCGACUGUCGCGACAGCUCUGACGAGGAGGGGUGUGCCACGCCGCCCCCAUGCCCCUCCGGGCAGCUCCGCUGUCGCGACGGGCGCUGCAUUCCCGCGGCCCGGGCCUGUGACGGGACCCUCGACUGUCGCGACGGUGACGAUGAGGAGGAGUGUCCCGAUGCCCCGUCGUGUCCCCCCCCGCACCGGUUCCGCUGCCGCUCGGGCGAGUGCAUCGCGACAGAGCAGGUCUGCGACGGGCAGCGCCACUGCCGCGACUGGUCCGACGAGCCGCUCAAGGAGUGUGGGGUGAACGAGUGCCUGGUGGGGGGCGGGGGCUGCUCCCACGGCUGCCGGGACCUGCGAGUGGGCUUCGAGUGUCUGUGCCCCCCUGGCUUCAGCAUGGACCCCAACAACCGGACGUGCCAUGGUCCCCCUGGGACCCUCCUGGUGGGCACCCGGCACCAGGUGCUGGCGCUGGGGGGCCCCGAACCCCAAAUCCUGCAGGGGUCCCUCAAGCACGUGGCUGCACUGGACGUUGGUGUCGAGGGGGGGUCUCUGUUCUGGGGGGACCCCAGCGAGGGACUCAUCUACAGAGCCUCCCUGGCCGCAGGCCCGGCGGUGCCCCUGGCGGUGGUCCCAGGGCCAGGGUCCCCAGCUGGGAUCGCUCUGGACUGGAUCCAUGGGCUCCUGUACUGGACUGAGCCCGGCUCCGGCCGCGUGGCUGUCAGUGACCCCUCGGGGACGCGCCACCGGACCCUGCAUCGGGACCCCCGCGCACGGCCCUGGGGAGUGGUCGUGGACCCACUGAAUGGGUACCUGUACUGGUCGGACUGGGGGUCUCGCCCCCACAUCGCCCAGGGGGCCCAGGAUGGGGCCCCCCCCAAGCCCCUGGUGACUGAGGAUGUCGAGCGGCCCCAGGGGCUCGCCCUGGACCAGUCCUCCCAGCGCCUGUACUGGACUGAUGGCCGCCUUCACACCGUGUCCAGCGUGGCCCUGGACGGGAGUGACCGCCGGACACACCUGAGGGACCCCCAGCACCUGGCGCAGCCCCUUGGCCUCGCCGUCUUCCAAGACUGGGCCUUCUGGACCGACCCCCACCAGGGCUCCCUGGUGGCUGCACAGCUCCGGGGGGGCUCCCCCACCCCACAGGUGGUGGCCCAGGAGCUUUUCAGCCCCGAGGCCGUUGUGGUUCUGCACCCGGGGAGGCAGCCGUCAGGCUCCAACCGCUGUGAGGGCCCUGGAGGUCUCUGUUCCUUCCUGUGCCUCCCCUCCCCUGCCCGUGGCCCUGGCUCCCCUAUGUUCAGCUGUGCCUGCCCAGACGGGGAGCACCUGGACAGUGAUGGACACACCUGUGUCACAGAGCCCCCCGAGACCACCAAAAUCCCCACCCGGAACUUCAGCAGGGAGGGAAAUGCCUCAACAGGUGACCUUGGCUGGACAGGGGGACCCGGGGGGGCCCGGCCAGGAGUGACGAUACUUGGGGUCCUGCUGCCCCUCGGGCUGGUGCUGUGUCUGGGGGCGGCAGCCAGGGCGCUGUGGCAGGAAUGGCGCCGGCGCAACACCAACAGCAUCAGCUUCACCAACGCCGCCUUCCGGAAAGGGCCUGCGGACCCCCUGGAUGGAGGGGGCCUCGGGGACCCCCUGCGGCCGCUGACGUCAGAGGAUGACGAGCCCUGAGGAUUUGGGGGAGCCAAGACCCCCCCCAGAGCCCCUGGAGGGUGAGGGAGCUGCAAGCCUAAGAGGAGAGCUGGGGGCGGCCGCACCUGGGAGCAGCUGUGUGCAUGUGGACACACCUGGGCAGGUAUCUGGAUACACCUGGGCACAGCUUGGAAUAACUGUGCAUGCUCGGACGUGGCUGUAGACACACCUGGGAACGCCUGUCACCA